GUAGCUUUGGGUCACGACGAUCACCUUGUCAGGUGUCAUUAAUGAAAUAUGAUUUAUCAUUGUGCAUACCUGCUUGUGGAAGUUUUUACAGGGGAAAGGGAUGGGAAAAGGACGCUCCAACCAAGCCAAGCCAAGCGACCACCCUUCGUUUACCCGAAUAGCAAUCCUCCAUAAUCAAUUCACAGCCUCUUUGUUUGCCAAAAUCAGCUAUUUGGUUGAUUUCUGAAUUCUAAGGUUUGGUUGAUGCUCCAAAUCUUAUUCGUAAAGCACUGAAUUCCUCCGUUUCAAACAUCUAGUACGUAAAUCCAGACACAUGUCAAUUAAUUCCAAGAUCAAUGAACACCCAAACGCAAAUGAUGAGCACCCAUCCGAGGGAUUGUGCCGCUGCUUUUCGCUUGCCGAGAUCCGUUCCGCAACCAAUGACUUCGACGAAAGUUUGGUCAUCGGCAAAGGCGGGUUCGGCAAGGUGUACAAAGGGUGGCUCGCGUUUGAUAUCAGCGGAACCACCAAGCCCACCAGUACUGUUGCCAUUAAGAAGCUCAACGCCGAGUCCAAGCAAGGCGCCAAAGAGUUCUGGUCCGAGAUCAAGGCUCUCUCCAAUCUCCGACACCCUCAUCUCGUCACCCUCUAUGGCUACUGCGACGAAUCCAACGAGAUGAUACUUGUUUACGAUUACAUGUCCAAUGGGACACUCGCCGAUCAUCUCUACAAACUAAGAAAAGCGAAAGACAUUGGGACGGUUAUCCCCCAGCGUCUUACUUGGGAGCGGAGACUCAACAUUUGCAUUGGUGCUGCUCAGGGAUUGGCUUUCCUUCAUACGAAUACAGAGCACACGGUCAUACACAGGGAUGUCAAGACCUCAAAUAUCUUGCUGGACGAGAACUGGGUGGCCAAGAUUUCAGAUUUCGGUUUGUCCAAAAUCGCCACAACCCAUGGCCAAACGCACAUUAGCACGGACAUUAAAGGCACCUUUGGCUACUUGGAUCCAGAGUAUUACAUGACUCGCAGACUAACCAAGAAGUCGGACGUCUAUGCCUUUGGCGUGGUGUUAUUUGAAGUUUUAUCUGCAAGGCCGGCUGUGAAGGCCCCUGAUGAGGAGCAAGGCGGCCUCGCAACAUGGGCUCGGGAUUGCAUGAAAAGGGGAGCGCUUGAUCAGAUUAUUGACCCCUUCUUAAAGGACAAAGUAUCGGUCCGUCGUAUCAAGGUGUUUGCAGAAUUUGCUGAGAAAUGCUUGCAUAACCAUUCUAACGAAAGGCCUACGAUGGCCGAAGUGGUAGAGAGCUUGCAACUCGUGUUGGCAUCACAAGGCAACAUACGUCAAAGCAAAGCAAAAAUAAAAAAGGUGCCCCUAACUUCCUUAUCACGCAUUGUAGCUUAUAUUGUUGGGUGGAGGAAAAGGAUACCAUCUUUCGGUCCCAACGUCAAUGGGCCACUCAACCAGUUGCAAAGGGAUCGAUUUGCAAGCAUUGACAUCAAUUUGUGUCGUUGUUUCACAAUGAAAGAGAUUCGGCUAGCCACUAAUAACUUCAAUGUGCAUCAGUUGCUCAAGAAGAUUGGAUCUAUCUACGUGUAUAGAGGCGUUAUCGAUCGGAAGACUGAAGUAGCGAUUAAACGAUUGAAAGAUGUCACAUGUAGGAAAGAAUUUGUUAGUGAGAUCAAGUUGCUAACCAAACUCAGCUCCCUCCACAUUGUUUCUUUAAUUGGGUACUGCGAUGAAAGGAAUGAAGCAAUCCUAGUUUACGAAUUCAUGGCCAAUGGAUCUCUAUCUGAUCAUCUCUAUGAAGCCAGUGGUAAGGAUCCUUUUUCAUGGGAGAAACGUCUUGAGACCUGCAUUGAUGCUGCACGUGGACUACAAUACCUCCAUGCCGGUACCAUGCACACAAUCGUUCACAAUGGACUCAACCCCACCAGAAUUCUGUUAGAUAAGAAUUGGGUUGCCAAAGUUUCUGGUUUUGAGUCUCACGAGGUAUUACAUCACCAACAAAGUUCAAUCACAAUUUCUAUCAGCGGAGAGAUCGAAUACUUGGCUCCGGAGUACUUAAUACAUGGAAGAUCAUCCGUAAAAUCCGAUGCCUACUCGUUCGGAGUCAUCUUGCUAGAAGUACUAAGUGGGAGGAAGCCAAUGGUUUUUUCAGUAGAUGAGGAUCAAGUGAACCUGGUCUGUUGGUUCAAGAUUAAUAUUGAAAAGGGUACCAUUAAUAAGAUCAUUGAUCCACGUCUACUUGACGAAAUAGCACCAGAAUGUUUGACUAAAUAUGUCGAGAUUGCAAGAAAAUGCCUCGAGGAACAAGCGAGGGAACGACCGACUAUGGAAGAUGUGUUGGCUGACCUCCGAACUGUACUACAGUUGCAGAGGAGACCACGAAAUCGUAGAGUUCGAACUGUACUACAGUUGCAGAGGAGACUAUGGAAGAUGUGUUGACAAAGGGCAGGGGACGACUCUGUUUUCCAGUCAUCUAUGCAAUGUCUGUUGUUUGUGUUGUUAUUUAGAUUGAAGUGAUUUCUAAAUCAAAAGUUGCAACGGCAUGUAUGGCUCAAUUCUCAUCCAAAAGUGGUACUUGAAAUUAA